UUCCAUUACCAAUUGUUCUUUUCUUAAUCGGGGAUAUCUCCAUUAGGACUUGUUCUACAGGUUUGAAUUCCAGCUACUCUAUCUAUCUGUCCCAUAACGAGUCAACUACCUCGGACCUCAUUCAAUUCAAAAACACUUUCGUUUCCCAGAGGAGAAAAACCUAGAAGAUCUAAGAUGUCUGAGAAGAAGAAGAAGAUGGGAAGUGAAGCGAGCAGCAGCAGCAGCAGUCAUAGCAAUAGCAAUAGCAGCGGUGAUUCAGUGGUUGAUGAUGUUGGUCAGUGUAGAAGCUCAUGUGAUUACUGUAAAUCUGGUGGACGCACUAGUAUCUCUCACAGAUUAUGGGCACGCAGUCUGACAGUUGAUGACUAUCAAGCCCUUCUAGAUAGAGGAUGGAGAAGAGCCGGCUGUCUCUUGUACAAACCUGAGAUGGAAACGACAUGCUGUCCAUCUUACACCAUCCGUCUCAAAUCAACUGAUUUUGUUCCUUCCAAGGAACAACGUCGAGUGCUGAAACGAAUGCAGAGGUUUCUGGAUGGCACAUUGGAUAAAAGUUCAGAUGACUUAAAGGAUUCUUCAGGCGAUUCACAACCAGGUAACCUUGAAGAAAAGUACAAAACUGAACCGUUGAUCCCCCAUAUGGAAAGUCAGAUAGAUAAAGCAGUACAUGUGUGCAUUGGAGGUGGGGAUCUUUCUUCUGAUUUCCAGUUUCCAAGAGCCUCUGUGAAAAAGGUUGCACCUGCGAAAAGAAAGUUAUCCACUCAAGGGUCAGAGGAUCUGUUAUUUACCAGCAGCAUCUCUUUCCAGAUUGCAGCUACUUUAAGGCGACAAAGAAAAGAUGUUGAGCACGAAAAAUCAUCAGAAUUGGGGGCUGGGGAAAGGGGGCAAGCUGCUGAUACCCCAAAAGUGAUUGCUGAAAAACUAGGGAGCCAUCUAAACAGUCUAGCAGAAUCAUUGGGCUUAUUAGUUAGAGCUUGCAAUGGACAUAUAAACUUCUACUCUUCCGAAAGACGAGUUGCCGUAGUCAGUAACCAGAAUGAGUCGAAGCAAUCCUCAUCAAGAAGCUGUAGUAAAGAGAGCUUCUCAUCAACAGCACACGAAAACCCCGAGCUCAAAAGGAGGACAUUUGAGGCUCAUCUUAAAAGGGCCAGUUUUGAUCCCGAAGAAUAUUCCUUGUAUAGGAGGUACCAGAUUAGUGUGCACAAUGAUUCUCCUGAUGAAGUCGCUGAGAGCUCAUACAGGAGAUUUUUGGUUGAUACACCCUUAAUAUUCGUUCCACCGUCAUCAGGGGACCUUACCGUUCCCCCUUGUGGCUUUGGUUCUUUCCAUCAGCAGUAUCUGAUUGAUGGACGGCUAGUUGCAGUUGGUGUCAUAGAUAUUCUCCCCAAGUGUCUGUCGAGUAAAUAUUUAUUCUGGGAUCCAGAUUUUGCCUUCUUAUCAUUAGGUAAGUAUUCCUCCCUACAAGAAAUAAGGUGGGUUGCACAGAAUCAAGUACAUUGUCCAAGUUUGCAGUACUAUUAUCUGGGCUACUACAUUCACUCCUGCAGCAAAAUGAGAUACAAAGCAGCAUACCGGCCUUCUGAGCUUCUCUGCCUGUUGCGUUAUCAGUGGGUUCCAUUUGAUGUUGCCAAGCCACUGCUUGACAGGAAACGGUACAUAGUUUUAUCUGAUUUUGCCACACAAAAUGGAGAGCCUCUUCCGCUGAGUACCCUUGAAAAUUAUGAGGAGGAAACGGAUGAACAGCGCUUUCACGGAUCAAAUGAUAUUUUUGUUGGUGAGGAUGAGGAUGAGGAAAUGGACGAAUUUAAUUAUGAAGAUUCAGAUGAUGAAUUGGUUGUUGAGAGCAGUGACAUCAAACUGCCCAAAGCAGAAGAUUGAGAGGAGUUGAGGCAAGCUUUUGGUUCCAGUGAAAGGCGGUAUAUGGAGACAACUGCAGAGAUAAAUGGGGGCUGUUGGUGCAGAGCUCUCUGAACGAAUGGUUUAUUCGUUAAGCUGACUCUGCAAUGAGUCCAAAAAGUUGUUCUCGUUGGGAAUAUCAUGUCCUCGAGUUGACGGUAGAGCUAGGGAGCCUGGGAAAGCCGCCAGAAGUUUGUUCUUCAACAGUGUAUUCGUUGGUGUGUUUGGGGAUACAAACUAGAGGAGAAUUACUUUUAACUGUUAAAUUAAGCUGCAUUGUGCAUUUACCAUAGCAUAGGGACUUGCAGUUGGUACGUUGCUUCUCUGCUAGUCGAUUUGGUACAAACAAGGAUCAGAUUGGGGUGGAGCUACUCAAUAUGGUACUUGCUUGAAAAUCUUCCAAGGAUCAUGUGGCUUUCUUUACCUCUCUUCCAUGUAUAAAAUAAAAGCAGCACCUUCUUCGUCUAGCAUCCUUGCAUUGCAAAUAAUUUUAAUAGUAGGUUCAUUAAAUUGUUUGACAAAAAACUCCUGGGUGAUUGACCUGUUGGUAGGUGGAACAAAGAACAUCUUUUCAGCUAUGGACACAAUGGUUUACGCCUUUACCCAGUUUUCAUUUUGGAUAUAAAACUCCGAUCUCUCCUCACUUUCUGAAUAUGGAAAUAUGUCAUAUAGUCGUGGAAAUAUAUACAACAGGAUACUUGUAAUGCUCCCAAAAAAAAAAAAAAAAGAGCUUGGUUCUGAAUCUUGUUGCAUAAUGUCUCUACUGCACACUUGCUCAGCAGGUGCUUGUUGAAAUGUUUCUUCGUAAUUGACCUGAGGCAAUGUUACUUUCCUUUUUGGCUUCUUAUAAUGCUAUGCUUUGGUUAACUUUUGAGAACAUUACAUGACUAUGCCUUAGUACAUUCUUUAUCUGCAAUAGAAAUUUUAAGGUGUAUAUUUGGAUGAACUUUUCUCCAAAUCAUUCUCUUUCAGGGAAAAGAUCAUGCAGAAGCCAUUUUACUUUGAUUUAGUUGGUAAUAGUUUUUUUUGUUAUGGCUAUUCACUGAGCUAUUUCCUACAACUAUAAAGCAGAAAGAAGCAAGAUUGCAUUUUUUUUCUUCUACUAUCUAAUAAGAAGCAACUAAAAUGAAUCAUGAAAGGUAAGAAACACUGAUAACACACAGUGGAAACAAUUAGAGGUAAUAGUGAGCAGUCAUGCUGCAGGGAAGUGUUACAUCUUGUGAACUUAACGAGUGCCUCUUGAUUUCCCUGCUGCCUUCUUCCUAGAUACUACUCUACUGCUCUUACUAGUUCUCCCAUCUUGAUCUUGCUGCUGAAAUAUUCUUAAUAUCAAUCUGUCGACUAGUUUGUUGUACAAGUGGUUCCAUCUUUUAGAUAACAAAAGUGGUAUAAAGAUGAUCCCGAUUCCAACAACAAAUCCUAACUCAACGCUGACAUAAAUCUCCGUCCUUGAAAUGAAUCUGUCCUCUUCAAGUUCUGGCUGCUGUGGAGGUGUCACUGCUGAGUUAUUUUUGCAAGUUAUGUUCAGCGGAAACCCACAGAGCCCCUUGUUUCCUAUGAAAGCAUCUUCAAGGGUUUGAAUUUGGUUGCCUCGUGGAAUCAUUCCAACCAAUUCAUUAUAUGAUAAGUUUAAGACGGAAAGUGAUGUGAGGCUAGCAAGCUUUUCUGGGAUAUUGCCACCUAACCUGUUGAAUGAGAGGUCCAGUGAUCCCAAUUGCUUCAAAUUUCCAAUUGCUGAAGGGAUUUGACCUGUGAGAUUGUUGUGUGAAAUGUUGAGAAGAUAAAGUAAUUGGAGAUCUCCAACUGUCUCUGGUAUGUCCCCCACAAAAUUGUUACUUGAAAAAUCAAUGGAGGUGAAGAAGAGAAGGAUCUUUGUCAGUUCAACAUUUUGUCCUUUAAGAGAAACAGUGACUCUAUCCUGAUAGUAUACCGACCCAAGUUGAGACCCAAAAUGCAAGAUAUCAGAGCGUGAAUAUGCUAAAGAUGGGUCAACCAUCAGUGCUUUUAGCUCCAAGAGUGAACCUCGGGGGAGAAUGCCACUUAAAUUAUUGGAAGCUAGGUCCAUGAUUUGAAGAGAGGUCCAGUUGGAAGACGCUCGAGAGCAAUCAAUGUUCCCAUGGAAACCAUUGAAGCGUAAUACAAGUACCCGAAGAUUUGAAUUGUCCCUCAACCAGCAGGGGAAAGUAUCCUUGAUCUUGUUGUUUCCAAGAUUUAAUACCUUUAGCCUUGUGCAGUUGGAUAAAGAACGAGGAAGCAGACCUGUUAAGUGAUUCUGACUGAGGUCGAGGCUCUCUAACUCACAAUUAUAAGAAAACUUUUCAGGUAUAUUUCCUAUGAAAUUGUUCUUUCCCAGGUUAAGUACUUUCAGUGUGCUGCUCUUUUCUGCUAAACAUGGCGGUAUUGUGCCAUGCAAACUGUUGUUAGACAAGUCAAGUACUUCAAGAUAGCUGGAAUUGCAGAUUGAAGAAGGGAUACUACCGAUAACUUUGUUGUUUGCAAUUGAGAGGAACUGAGCGGUUACGAGAUAAUUGCCAAAGUCAGGCGGUAUCAAAGUAGCAAAGUUAUUGUCGGAGAAGUCAAUAUAUGCAGCUGCACGUGGUGGUAAUGGAAUAACCCCAGUGAGCAGAUUUGAAUGCAGAUUAAGGUAAUUUAGAAAACCAAAUGUAUAAGGUUCUUGAAUAUGUGUGAAUUUAUUGAAAGAAAGAUUCAGAAAACGAAGAAGUCCAUCAUUGAUUUCCACCAACCAGUUUGGUAUUUCACCGAUUGCAUGAUGCUAACAUGAAAGAAUUCAGCUGGGGUAGCAAGGAAAAUUCUGAUUCACUUAUAUCUGUGUCAACUGAUAAACUGUUGUGGGACAGAUCAAGACUUAAAAGCUUAUCGAACUCUGUGAAUUUCUUCAACUGCACAGUCCCAUUGAACUUGUUGGAUGAAAGUGAAAGACCAAAAAGACCGUGAAGUUCAAAUAUAAACUCAGGUAUUGGCCCUUCCAAUUUGUUGGCACUCAAGUCAAUAUCUUCUAGUGGAGAAGUUACAUUUUGUAAGUCAGUUAUUUGGCCAGAAAACUUGUUGUUGGACAGAACUAAAGCUGUAAGUGAGGGUAGGUAAAACAAUGAUGCUGGAAUGAGCCCAGAAAUUGAAUUGUUACUCAGGUCAAGAUACUCAAGAUUAUCAAAGCCUUCCCAGUCGGAUGAUAUUCCUGUCAAUUUAUUUCUAGCAGAUCUUAUAAAAGUGAGAUUUUUGGACAGCUUAAAAGAUGGAAACGAACUGGAGAAGCUAUUCCAGUCGAAAUCCAGAUGAACAAGGUGGGUUAGAUUUUCCAUAGAAGUUGGAAUUGGACCUGUAAAAUUACAAGCUUCAAGUUCAACAUGUGACAACAUCUUAAGGUUCCCUAUAGACUCGGGUAAAAUUCCUGAAAAUUUUGUACGACUAAGCCGCAGUGCUUGGAGAGAUCCAUUUGGAGGAAAUUCAGGUAAAGAACCCCCAAGCAUCUCAUUUACUGAUAAGUCAAUAGUCUGCAGAGUUGGUACCUGGAAUAUUUUCUGAGGUGCUUCUCCUAUCAAGUUGCAGGAAUUUAGACUCAAGACAGUUAGAUUGGUGAAAUCCGCGAAGAACUCCGGAAUUGGAGCAGAUAAGUAGUUCCCAUCAAGACGGAUUACAGAGAGAAACUUAAGAUUUGCUAAUGGAUUGAUACUGCCUGAAAACAAUUCAUUAGUAAGGUCAAGACUAAUAACUUGGCCUGCACCGUUGCAAGUGACACCCUGCCAUUGACAGCAAUCAAUUCUCUCAUUCCAAUUCACUAGCUUGGUGGAUACUUCAGAAUCAUAAGUAAGGUUAUUUCUGAGCUGCAGAAGCAACAUCUUCUGAUCCUGAAGACACUUGCUGGAAUUAGCUGCCACUACAUAGCUCAUUCUACAGCAAAUGGAGAUUAGUAGGAUCAAGAAAAGCUGAGAAACCAUUUGACUUCUCAUUUAGACUGUGAAACAGAGAGGGAAAGCUGAAGCUUCUGUGGAUCUGAAACGUAUAAAAUAAGCCCAAACUUGCAUGAGGAUGCGGGGUCAUCCUCGUGCGAAUAAACAAACCUGGAUUUUUUUUUUGGUUCGAUAUGGCUGUUUUCAUACUAUUAUCUUUUGGCUAACAGUCCCCCAAUUAUUAGCCUAUUUUAAGAUAAAGACACAAGUCGAACAAGAUGAUUAGUUUAUACAUUAUUUUAUGUACGUUGAAACCGUGUGUUGACCCAUAAAGUGUGUUAUGUAGUUGAAGGAACACUUGAAGCAGAUAAAGACACAAGUCGAACAAGAUGAUUAGUUUAUACAUUAUUUUAUGUACGUUGAAA